GGGCCACCAGUUAUCCACACCCAAUCCUUGCUCCUCUCUGAAGACCUAAUGAGAGACCAAAGCCAAACUGCGAAACUCCGACUUCUCUAGCAAAAACAAAUAAAUAAAUAAACGGAAAAGCCAAAUCUUUUUUUUUUUUUUUUCCUUACGGUUUGGGCGUUUUGCCUUCACUUUCUACCAACACUCUCUCAGGAUCGUUAAUCAAUUCAUCUUGAGAUUAAAUAGACCAUUGUGUUAUUCAAGAAUUGAGGUAUGCAUUCUCAAUAUAGAUCAUAGAAGGUAGGAUAUAGGUUGCAUGGACAUGUAUGAAGGUCACAGAAACAAGUUUAUACUGACAAGCUGCUUUGCAUCUUGAUUUUCAUCCCAAAGUACUGAUAUUUUAUAUCUAAAUUACAAUGGAGCUGAAUACCAUUAAAGAUGCAUUUGAUCGUGUUUCCAAGAAGCAGAAGUUAUCCUGCUCUAACACCCAAGAAGUUAUUGACCAGAUUGACCAAGAAAUUGAGCAAGCAUUACAAAAGAUACAAUCAGCCAGCAAUCCUGACUCCCUACUUGAUCAUAGACCCAUCCUUGUUGAGCUUAAAACCAAAUUAAAGGAUAUGGCUCCAGUCACUCAGCUGGAAAGCACGCAGAAAGACUUAAACUCAGCACUUAGCAAGUAUCCAAAGCUUCUUGAGAAAUCAUUUAAUCCAGAUAUAUCCAAGGCUUAUAGAAAUAUUGAGUUUGAUACGCAUACAGUAAACCAGAUAAUUGCCAGCCAUUUCUACCGCCAGGGCCUGUUUGAAAUAGGUGACCUUUUCGUACAGGAGGCUAAUGAACCAGAAUCUGUGGCUGUAAUAAAAUCUCAAUUCCAAGAUAUGUAUCAGAUACUUGAAGCCAUGAAAUCCCAGAACCUAGAGCCGGCUCUGAAGUGGGCCACUUCCAAUGCCGAUAGACUGAAACAUAAUGGAUCAGACCUUCUUAUGAAACUUCAUAGCCUACAGUUCGUGGAAAUACUGCAAAAGGGAAGCAGAGAUGAAGCUCUCAACUAUGCCAGAACUUACCUUUCUCCUUUUGCUUCCAACCAUAUGGAUGCAAUCCAAAAGCUUGUGGUCUGUAUCCUUUGGGCAGGAAGGCUUGAUCGUUCUCCAUACUACCAAUUAUUAUCGCCAACCAAUUGGGACAAGGUGGUGGAGGAGCUAACCAGGCAGUUCUGCAAAAUUCUGGGACAAUCUUAUGAGAGCCCAUUGGCUGUAACCGUAGUUGCAGGAGCACAGGGAUUGCCGCCACUUUUGAAGUUCAUGAAUGUAAUGGCAGGGAAGAAACACGAAUGGCAGACCAUGAAGCAGUUGCCUGUACCAGUCGAGUUAGACAAGGAGUAUCAAUUCCAUUCCAUCUUUGUAUGUCCGGUGUCAAAGGAGCAAUCUACCGAAGAAAACCCACCAAUGUUGAUGUCUUGUGGUCAUGUGCUUUGCAAGCAAUCUAUCAUGAAGAUGUCCAAGAACAGCACGAAAUCUUUCAAGUGUCCGUACUGUCCAUCUGAUAUUGAUGCUAUACGUUGUAGAAUGCUGUAUUUCUGAUGUUGUAUUUCUCAAGUUCAAAGUUGUAUCGGUCUUUCUAUGUCCCUUACGAACCGUACUAAGCUUUGUAGAAAUUAGUAUGUUGUGUAACUCUGAUGUUGUGGUUGGUCUUGAUUGUAGAAGCUGUUGUGUUCUGUACUGCCAGUUGAUGCAUUUAUUGUAAAUAGAAAUUCUUUCACCUGACUUUGGACGAAA